GUGUGUAUUACACACCACACAGACAUCAUAUUGUACAUGGUAUAUCUUAAUGGUGCUUUCAUUUAUUAUCAACAAAUUUAAAAAACAUGAAUAUGUUAAUGCAGUGGAUUUUUGGGAAGCCUUCAGAUAAAACGGAUGCUGUCGGAAACAAAUACCUGAUUGUGGCCGCAAUCGACUUCGGGACCACGUACAGUGGAUAUGCGUUCUCAUUUAAAGACUCUCCAAAUGACGUCAAAACUAACAAGGGUUGGACUGCCGGAUCUGGUCAACUUAUCUCACUUAAAACAUCAACAAGUGUUCUUCUCAAUCAGAAUGGUGAGUUCCAUUCAUUUGGAUUUGAUGCCGAGGACAAGUAUUCGUCUUUGGCAGGAGAAGGAAAACAUCAUGGUUGGAGAUUGUUUAGAAGAUUUAAGAUGGUACUACACAAUCAGCGUAUUUCUCGUUCAGCAACAAUUGAAGAUUUGGAAGGUAAAACGUUCCCAGCCAAACCGAUAUUUACGAUGUCGCUCAAGUAUCUACGGAAACACCUGUUGGACGCUUUGAGUUUACGUACAAUUGGGACGAGAGAAACUGACAUCAGAUACAUAAUUACUGUACCGGCUAUAUGGGGAAUAGCUGCCAAACAAUUUAUGAGAGAAGCAGCGAGUGAGGCUGGGAUCGAUGUCGAACGCCUAAAAUUGGCUCUUGAGCCCGAGGCAGCUGCUGUAUGCUGUGAGGCCCUCGGUCACACGUUAGUGGGACAAAAGUUCAUGGUUGUCGACUUAGGAGGUGGAACUGCUGACAUAUCUGUACUCGAAAAACAAAGUGAUGGGUCACUGAAGAAUAUUCACGCCCCCAGCGGCGGUCCGUGGGGAGGAAUAUAUGUCGAUGCAAACUUCUUAGCGUUUUUGACAGAAGUGUUUGGAACAAUGGCCAUCAAUGCCUUGCAAAGUAAAGACAUGUACGAUUACUUUGAUAUUAUUCGUGAUUUUGAGGUGAAGAAGAGGAAAUUCGAGUUUGAUUCUCAGACCGAAAUCACAUUUCGCAUCCCAGUGGUACUCAAGGAAAUUUUAGAGGAGCAGUGUCAUCAGUCUUUAUCCGACCGACUGACAUCUUUGAAAUACGGGACGAAGGUUGUCAUUAGAGGUAGAGAUAAGCUUGGUGUCGACUCGUCUAUCAUACAAAAUUGGUUCACAGAGCCGGUUUCCAAGAUGGUGAAACAUAUAAGCAGAGUUCUUAAAGAAGACCAGUUGAAAGAUGUUGGUCUUAUCGUCUUAGUUGGAGGGUUUGCGGAGAGUCCUUAUGUCCAACAAAGGAUUGGGCAAGAACUUCCUGAGAAACACGUUAUCGUUGCUGGUGAGGCGGGUUUGGCCGUGCUGAAGGGAGCCGUGAUGUUUGGACAUAAGCCUGACAUUAUUUUAUCCAGGGUUAUGGAUUACACGUAUGGGAUAAGUGCGUGGUCUAGAUAUGACGAGAAAAGACAUCCUGCAGACAGGAAAGUAUACAAAAACGGGGAAUGGAUGGUCGAGAACUGUUUCCAUAUAUUUGUAAGAGCAAAUGACGAUGCUCCAGUUGAUAGCAAUGUGACACACAACUUUACACUGGCCGAUAACCCCGAUUAUGUCGUGAUACACAGAACACAAAACGAAGACCCAAUUUUCACAACAGACUCUGGCUGUGAUAUCCUAGGAACACUUGCAAUUGAUGCUGAAAAUGGCAUUCCUCUGCUAGAACAGGAAGUUCAAGUAACGUUCAUGUUCGGUGACACAGAUCUGCAUGUGUUGUGUACACAUGUCAAUACUGGAAUCGUGAAGACACUUACACUUGACAUUGACAAUUAAAGUCAUUACGCUAUAUAAACUAUUGAAACGUAUUGUAAUGUUGAUAUUCAUUUGAAAAAAGAGUUUGUUUUACAACUUCCAUUUUUUUGUAAACAUUUAAUAUUUCGAAGGUGUAUAUAUUGUAUAACCUCUCGUCCUCCCUCCCUCCAUCCCUCCCUUUGUCUUUCUGAGAUAUCGCUAUUGAUGCUUGUUUUUUACUUUACAAGGUGUUUUGUUUCAUUCGGAAUUGAUACUCUACAAUUGAUCCAUAAGUAGUGUUUAUAUUUACACAAUGUUUUGCAACCAGGAAGUUUAAAUUUGUUUACAACACAGACAUAU